AUGGCGGAUCACGAGGAGGAGGACCUGCGAACGGCACUACGGAUGAGUAUGCAGAAUUCGCCUCCGGAGCCCAAGCGCAGCAAACCCAGGGACGGCCCUGCAGGAGCUCCCACAGGGUUGCCUGACGAGUCGUCGGAAGUGAAGACCCGGAGACUUCAGCGAGAGCUCAUGGCUACUGCAGCCGAGAAGAGAAUGCUGGAUGCCAAAAAGGCCUCGCCUUCACCUAGCUCGGUCUCGGGGUCUGCGGGCUCCUCGGGUUCUGCUUUGGCGGCAAAGGUCGUGAGGAAAGAUAAGGAAUUGAGCUUGGAGGAAGUGAAUUUGGGAAAAGGUUUGAGCGAAGAGGAUGCGAAGCAGUUGUUUUCGAUGGUGUUUGGUGCUGAGGUUACAAAGGGCAUUCUUGCACAGUGGAGUAAUCAGGGUAUAAGGUUUAGCCCUGAUCCAGAAACAUCUAUGGGUCUAGUGCAGCAUGAAGGUGGGCCCUGUGGCGUUUUAGCAGCAAUUCAAGCAUUUGUUCUCAAAUACCUCCUUUUCUGCCCAGCUGAAUUAGGUAAAGUUGUACCAAACAUGCAUCACAAUAUGGGUUCAGGGACACUGUCUAAUAGUCCGUGUGUUGCAUCGAAUAAUUUUGCCUCUCUUACUGAAGAUGCAAAAGCAAGAGCACUGAUUAGAAGUAUGGGUGAAAUAUUGUUCUUAUGCGGAAGUAAUAAAAGGGCUGUGAUUGCAACUUUGAGUGUUAUUGGAGAUGACACUGAGAGGUCUAAAGACAAUCUGGAUGAUGAAGUAAUAACAAAAUCACUUGAGGGUCUUUCAAUUGAAUCAGCUGCUGAUUUGCAUAAGGUGCUAAGAGUUAACACAUACACAACACGAGAAAGUGCAUUUAAAAGGCUUCAAGCUGUGAUUCCUGUUUUCCAAAGUCGUAUGGGGGCAUUGCUGUUCCUUAUUUCUGCUUUACUUUCUCGAGGACUGGACUUAGUUCAAGCUGACAGGGAUGAUCCGAGCCUACCUCUUGUCACUGCUCCUUUUGGGCAUGCUUCACAGGAAAUUGUGAACUUGCUGCUCUGCGGGCAGGCAGUGCCCAACGUUUUCGAUGGAAAGAUGGAUUUAGGUGGUGGCAUGUCUUUAAAGGGUGUAUCCAGACCUGUGGAAGUUGGAUUCCUCACUCUGUUAGAAUCCCUAAAUUUCUGUAAGGUUGGCCAGUAUCUGAAAUGCCCAAAAUGGCCAAUAUGGGUAGUUGGAAGUGAGUCUCAUUAUACAGUCCUUUUUUCCCUUGAUACCACUGUUCAAGAUGAGAAUGAACUGGAAGGAAGGGAAUCACAGAUUCGAAAAGCUUUUGAUGCACAAGAUCAGAGUGGAGGUGGUGGUUUUAUUAGUGUGGAAGGCUUUCAUCAAGUCCUUAAAGAAACUAAUGUAGAACUUCCAACUGAGAAGGUUGACCUCCUAUGCAGCACAGGAUUUAUCGUAUGGAGCGAGUUCUGGCAGGUCAUUUUGGAUUUGGACAAGAGCUUAGGAGGGCUGAAGGAUUCAACUGGAUUGAUGGGUAAGAAGGUGUUUGAUCUUUACCAUUUUAAUGGAAUUGCAAAAUCAGAUCUGAAUGGAAGCCAGGUAAGCUCUGGAGGCGAGACUCCAGUUCAAAGACCUAGGCUCACAAAAUUGAGGGUGUCGGUUCCUCCAAGAUGGACUCCUGAAGAAUAUAUGACAGAUGUGGCGGUGUCCUCUGGUUCUGGUGGUAAUGAAUCUGGAGGGAAAGUCACAGAAAGUGCCAAGCCAGAGCCUUCUCAGCAUGCACCUCUGGUGGACUGCAUAAGAACGCGCUGGCCCCGUGCUGUCUGCAAUUGGAUAGGGUACCCGCCUAGUAUAGUCUGA